AUGCGUGGGAGUUGCAUUUUGACUAAAACUAUUUUGUUGGUCUUUGCAGAAACUCUUCUUCAGAUGGACAGGCAGCAACUGCAGAAGUUCAUUCAGUAUCUCAUAUCUGAACACCACACGGAAGUGUUGCCCACAGCGCAGAAGCUAGCAGACGAAAUCCUCCUUCAACGCUCGGAAAUAAACCAAAUACCAGGUGCUCCUGAUCCUACCGCUGGAGCUAGUGCAGAUGAUGACCACAGUUGGCACUUGGAUGAAGAGCAAGUAUGCGAACAAGUUAAAUCUUAUCUGUCCCAAGGAAGCUACUACAAUGCAAACAAGCAGCUCAAUUCACUAUUUGCCAAAGUGAGAGAAAUGUUGAGGGCUCGAGAUUCAAACGGAGCCCGAAUGUUGACUCUUAUCACUGAACAGUUCCUUUCCGAUCCAAGGCUAAUUCUGUGGAAGACACAGGGCACGCCAAUGACGGAUAAAUGUAGGCAGCUUUGGGAUCAGUUAGGAGCUCUCUGGGUUUGCAUUGUACUGAAUCCCCACUGCAGUUUGCAAGAAAAGCAGCAUUGGAAGGUACUUUUGGAAAAAUGGACAGUAGUAGAUGUUUGUCCUCAAGAAGAUCCAGACUUCCGCCCUCAACAAAUGCCGCGACAAGAUGGGCCAAUGAAUAGGAAUUUGGUGCAUAAUGCAAUGGACUCAUCAGACAGUAGCUCGGAUGAAGAUGGAGGAGGUGGUCCUCAUCGACCUCUUGAAAAUAGCCGCCGCUCCCGACAUGGUACACAGAGGCCUCAUAACCCCAGAGCUUCAACAUCAGCCAUUCCUAGAACAGUAUUUCAUCGAGCUCUGGAUGCUGUUGGCAUGUCUUGGGACAAUUUACACCUAAAAAAUAUUCUAUCCAGUGAUACUUACUGCAGUCAUGUUCCUGACAGUUCUAUGUUAUGUGGAAGCUUCAAUUCUCAAGGACAACCCUUGUGGCAUGAGCCCUUACCAACAUGUGCAGCUCGAGUUGAUGCAUUACGAUCCCAUGGCCACAGGUUGGCUGCAUUGAGAUUGGCAGUUGCUGUUGUACGUACUAUGAAGCAGCAGCAAUUGAUUGCACAAAGGCGGUGGCAUGAAAGCCAGCAACAGCAACAACACCUAAGAGGCAGUAGCAGUGGCCAUAGUAGCCACGCUGUUGCUGGCAGUCUUGCUACGCCAUGCACUUCUCGUUGCACUGGCAUUCCUCCUCCUUUACCUCCUUUACCCCCAGCUACCAACAGCUGGGGAGAGGGUUGGGUAGGUCAUCCUCUUGACCCUAUUGGAUGCCUCUUUGACACUUUGGCUGAGGCAUCCUUGGUUCCUGAUGAUCAAACGCCUCGGGCUCCUUCAUAUUUCGAUCCUGUCGGAGUUGAAGAUACAGGUCCUACUUUGCCACCUUGUUAUCAUCACAUGCCAGUGGUUGCAUCUAGAGAUCGGUCAGAAACAUAUCUUACCUUGGCUGUUGAAGUAGCUCUCAUAGGUCUUGGGCAGCAAAGAAUAAUGCCUGCUGGUCUUUAUGCACAGGAAAAAUCAUGUAAGCAAGAAGAUCGUUUAAUUGCCAAGUUGCAGGAAAUAGAAUUGGACAAUAGUCUGGUGGCAGUUUUGAGACGACAAGCAAUUGUGUUAUUAGAAGGAGGACCAUCAAGUGGAUUGGGAAUUGGGAUACAUCCUGAAAGUGUUCCCAUGCAUACAUUUGCUAGAUUCUUGUUUUUAUCUCUCCUCAACUAUUAUCCAGACUUAGCUUAUGAAGUUGGUUUGAGGGCAAUGAGACUGCCUAUUCUGGAAGAACAUGAAGAUUCUGAUGAUCCUGUGAAUGGAAAUGUUUCUUCCCUUGUUUUAAGUCGUUAUCCAAGAUGGUUUACUUUGGGGCAUAUUGAAACACAACAAUGUGCUUUGGCCUCUACUAUGCUUAGUGCUGCUAAAGGUGAAGUAUUACGACUACGGACUGUACUUGAAUCAGCACAACGGCAUAUCCACAGUUCCUCUCACCUCUUCAAGCUGGCUCAGGAUGCCUUUCGAUUUGCCACACCAGAAAAUGGACCUCGACAUCCUACAUUACUUAGUGUAGCCUUUGAAUUGGGAUUACAGGUUAUGAGGAUGACUCUUUCCUCUCUAAACUGGCGAAGAAGAGAAAUGGUUCGUUGGUUGGUAACCUGUGCAACAGAAGUUGGUGUGGAAGCGUUAGUGUCAAUCAUGCAAAACUGGUAUCAACUUUUUACCCCUACUGAGGCCACAGGUCCUGUUGCAACUACCAUUAUGUCUCAUAGCACAAUUAUGAGACUUAACCUGACGUUUGCUCAACAGGAUGAAUUGUCUAGCUGUGCUAGGAACUUAGCCCUUCAAUGUGCCACCAAAGAUCCUCCCAAUUGUGCCUUGAAUGCUUUGACCCUUUGUGAAAAUGAAGCCCUCGCCUUUGAAACAGCCUAUCAAAUUGUUAUUGAUGCUGCAUCUCAUAUCAUGACCUCAUCUCAACUCUUUACAAUUGCUCGGUACAUGGAACACAGAGGAUAUCCAGUUCGUGCAUACAAAUUAGCCAUGCUUGCCAUGAAAAAUGUGCAUCUUGCCUACAAUCAGGACACCCAUCCUGCAAUAAAUGACAUUCACUGGGCAUGUGCUCUAAGUCAUUCUCUUGGUAAAUCUGAACUGACCAGCAUGAUACCUCUGCUAGUGAAAAAUGUACAGUGUGCUACAGUCCUCUCUGAUAUCUUACGACGCUGUUCCAUGACUGCUCCUGGUGUUUCAUGUCCACAUCCUCCAACAGCAGAUGGAAGCAAACAUCACCAUCACCACCAUCACCACCAUAGAAGUAGCACUCGUUGUGGUGGGGGCAUGAAGCCUCUGUCUUAUGACAGACCUCCACUGAGGCAGCUUUUAGAAGCAGCUGUAGCUGCCUAUGUAAAUACUACCCAUUCGCGUCUCACACACAUAUCCCCUCGACACUAUGGAGACUUCAUAGAUUUCUUAGGCAAAGCAAGAGACACAUUUAUUCUUGCCCAUGAUGGGCAUGCGCAAUUCACGCAGCUUGUAGAAAAUAUGAAAGUUGCAUACAAAGGCAAAAAGAAACUAAUGUUCCUUGUUAAAGAAAGAUUUGGCUGAUAAUUUUGUGCAGAGGCUGAAACUUCUAUAUUAGUAGUUUGGCUGUUGUGAUGACUCUAUCCCAUGUGACUGCUGUCAGAAAACACUUCCUGCUUGCCAGAUUGAUGUGAACCACAGAGAUUAUGACUGUUACACUUAUGAAUAAUUGUAGAGACUAAAAGUUGGCAGAAGUAUAGUAUUUUUCAUUGAAUGUGAUGUUGCGCUUUCAUGGCAGUAUUUCAAUGACAAAGAAUGAAAAUGUAUAGUAUGCCUGCCUUCAAGAAAAAACUUUCUGGAACAUUCAUCAUUGAAACUGUACAUAUGUCAGUGCUUUAUUAUUAAUAUUAGAGAUUGCCAAAGCAAAAGUUUAUAAUGAUGUUCCUAGUGUCACAUCACUGAAAAUCUAUAGUUCUGCUUAGUACUAGGGUCUCUGAACUGUAUGUAUUUUGUGAAUUAUGUAUAAAAACAAGUUGUAAUGAAUGUGGAUGUGUAAGUAUGUAUAAUCUCUACAGAUCUCAUUUUGUUCUAGAAAAGAGAACAGUAAAUAUGUCGAAUCAGUAAUGGACUUCCAAAUGUUAAAAGUGCAUAAGAAGAAGUAAUUGGUUGGACAGUGAUAGUUUUUGUACAUAUAGUAUUCUUGUGUUCUGUGUUUUCCUAUGUGAUAAUUGUGUUUUCAACCAAAGAUUGUUGUUUAUAUAAAGAAGUGAAACAAAGACAAUUUUUAUAUGACAACAAAUUUAUACCAAACCAUGCUGUGCUUACAAGGACUGAGGCUCCCACUAGAAACCAGCCUCCAGGCAGUUACUAAGGCAGUCCAAUGCUUCCUAUUUAUGUAUAAUUAUCUCUAUAGCAACGAGUACAAAAUAUAGUAUGCAGUUCAUAAAAGUUUAAGUAAUCUUAUAAAUAUAUGCAGCAUAACUUUGUAAAUUGCAAAUCAAGAUUCCACAAACUACCUCUGUCGGUCAGAAAGCCUAUUGAUUUCCUAGCCUCACUAUCUCUGGAACCGACUUUAAUUUGAGUAAUGUGUAAAAUUAUUGAUGUAUUUUAAUUUUGCACUGUGUAUAUUUUUCAACAAAAGAAUGAUUUGUGCUAGACAUAAAAGAUGAGAAAUGAUCAAUAAGAGUAUUUCCUCAAUUUGUUCUAACUUUUCUCACUUUUAUUCCAGAAAUUUUGACAUUUAAUUCUGAUUUUUUUAUGGUAGCAAAGAUGACUUUCCAAAGAAAGAAAGAAAGAAAGAAAGAAAUAAGACUUAAUACUGAUACAUGAAAGUCACUAAAUCUAUUUGAAAAUGAACUAUCAAACAUGUGGUCUUUAGGCCAUCCAUGUAAUGCAUUUAAUUUAAAGCUGGUGGACAGAUUCAUUCACCAGUUGUCUUCAUUAUAUUGGUGAACCAACCUAGUGUUGAGUUCCCUUGCAUGCUAGGAUGUAACUUAAUAUUUUGAGUAAAUUUAAAUUAUUAAUGUAGUGUCAUGCUAAUGGCAUGCAUCUUACAGUCAUAAUUACAGUUGUUUUUUGUUUUUCUCCUUUUGUUGUCCAAAUUAUGAAAGUGCUACAUUCCUGGAAUAUGGAAGAGUAAGUGUAAAGUACAACACUGGUAUUCCAAUUUUUUGUUACUGCUUUUUAGUUAAUACCAAUUAAUUCACUGAGAGGAAAAAUAAUCUUAAUAAAAUUUGUUAUAUUUUCUGUUAACAACUUAUCAUAGAAACAUUCUUUUAAGAGUUCAUCCAUGAUGUGAGCAUGUAUUCAUUGAUUUUUUGUUUCCUUUAGAUCAUGCAUGUGCCAUGCCUCACAGCAGUUAAAUAAUGAGAGAAGAAACUAUCAGAUUUCUCUGAUCAGAAAUGGUUUUAUUUUCAUUUUAAUUAAUUGAAAGUCUUGAGACAAUAACGUUACAUGACAAUGAGGAAUAGUAGAGGGAUGAGCAAUAUUUUACUGAAUCCAGAAUCAAUGAAAUUGAAUUAUUUUUCAAAAAUGAAAAAUAAAUUGCUAUAAAAAUACCAUUUUUGAAAUAAAUUGGAAAUUAUAAAGUCUGAAGAUGAAUUUUAGAUAUUAAAUAAUGACUUUGGAAAAUGUUGCAUUAUUUUCCAAGUCUUUCAAUUUCCUUUUGAGAUGAAAUCUUUACCGAAUGCAUUCUUAGAUACUGCAUUGCAAAGAAAAUACCGUUUGGCUCUUCUCGCCUGUUUUCUAGACUUCCUUCCCUUCAUUUGACAAUAAAUUUGUAACAUUCCUUAGAUUAUUUAACUGCUGUAAAAAAUGUAAGUAAUGUGAUACAUUGUAAAUUGUGAGCAUUAUUAUGUGUUAUUUAGAUUUCAAUUUAUUUUUUGUACAAAGCAAUAGUAUGAAACAUGAUUCAUAGGUACUAUACAAUGUAGUUCCAAUUUAUACAAGUGUAAGUUUGUAUUCUGAGUUAGUGGAGCAACCUAUGCUUUAAAACUUGAAUUGUCUGCAGUUUGUACAUCACAAGACCAAACAAUUUAAUAUUCCACUGAAUAACUGAUAACCAGAUGAUUAUAUGUUAAAAUUUGAAGUGCAAUUUGAAAUUUGUGACUGCAACGUACUUCAGUUGUGUGAGUAAUUUGAACAUGUAUAAUAUUUACAAGAUAUAUUUCUAUGUGUUUACAUGUGUGUGCAUUUGUUAGAUACGCAUGUAUGCUGAAUAACCAUGGAAUUAUCUGAUAAAUGUCAGACUCCAUGAACUUUUCAGAAUAGAAAUGUUUCAUGUGAAACGGAUUCAUGUGUACAAUCAUAAAGAAAUAAUAAAUUGUACAGUACUUGAUUAAUUACUUAUUCAAUUGUCCAUUAAGAAACUAUAAAAUUGUGUUAUUUUUAUUUAUAGAACUUCUACUUGCUAACUUCUACUCAGAUAAAAUACAAUUUUGGGUAUUUGUAGAAAUAAUAGGUUAGAUGAAAGUUCAUUUGACACUAAGUAAACUUUUCUGCAAGUUUUCUGAAAAACAAAGAUAACUUGCAGGUAUAAUGGACAAUCAGUUGAAGAAUUUCGUUUUAUUAUCUUACAAAGACCGCCAAGUCUCUUUAUGCAUCCAAGUGUUAAAAUUUUGACCAAAAAUAUUACCUGAAUUAAUAGCAAUAAAUAUGGUUUUCAGGAUAUUCUGAAUCGCAUAUUUUUGGUUUUCUUCCAUCCAUGAAUCAGUAUUACAUCUUGUAGAUUGUUAUUAUGAUAAAAAAUAAAGUUUCUAAAACUGAAAUAUAAAGUUAUAAUGUAAUUGAUUAUUGAAAUUCAGAGGAAUUUUAACAUCUUCCAAAGUAUGUUCCUGCUGAUUACUUAAAGUAUUCUAUUACUGACAUACACUCUCUCAUAAAUAAGAAAUUUUAUAUAUUCCCUGCGAUGUAUGAAACAUCAUGGACAUUAUCAUAUGGUUAGUAAUUGUUAAACAUAAUUUUCGUUAAUAUCUUCACCAACAAACUUGUAUGCUUUAAUAAACUAAAAAAUUCCUACAUUGUGUUGUAGAAUAUUUACGUAGUUCAGUAAAACUGCCUUCAAGUAUAGGAGUAAAGAAUCAGUAGAAGUUUAUUGGCUGAAUGAGUGAUGUUCUUAUGUGUGCUUUUGCCAUAAACAGUUGCUUCUGUAUAUAUGUACUAUACCACAUUAAUUUUAGGUAACAUUUAUACCCCUGUUCCAGUAAAUUGCAAGUGAUUAAUGAUUUGUCAUAACUGUAAUGUUUAUAUAAGGAAUUUUGUAUAUACAUUAUUUCUUUUAAAACUGGUGUGGCUGUUGUUUGGUUGUAUGUGCUGUUUGGAACAGUAAUUGUCAAAUACAUUUCCCUUAAAUGAAAGAAAAAAGUUUUGGAUUUUUUUAAAAUGGAAAUUAUAUAUAAUCUGUAUCCCCCAAAUGAUUUACUUAAGAAGCAAUGAAGCAUUCCAAACAAAAAUUAUUCAUGUGUUACUAGGGCAAACUUUUUGCAAUUACUAAGGAAUGCAAUGUCAUGAGAGAAUGAAAGGCAUCAAAAUGUGGGUUAUACUAUGGAAAGAGGUAUAUUGAUAAUAAAACACAUAAUAUAGCUUCCUUCAAAUUACCAUGGCUACAGCAAGUGACACAAUUUUCCAAUUACACGGGAGAGUCUUCCUUGUUUAACAAGACAAAAAAAUUGUGCCAAGCCAUUCAUAUUCAGAAAUAUCAAUAAAUACUUUUGCUGCAGCGUAUGAUGAUAACAUAUACACAAUGGCCAUUAAUUUUCAAAUUGCAAUUCUUAUCUUGUAUUUAUUUACAAUUUUGUAUAGUCAGAAUUGUAGUGACUUCUCCCCUGUUGUAGUUUAUUUGCACAAGUAUGUGAUUUGUUGUGAUAAUAUAUACAUUUACAUAGAUGUUACAUGUUUUUAUGAAGCAAUAAUUUUU